AUGUCUCAAGCCGGUCUUUUAUCUAUCAAACAAAUUAUCGGUGUCCGAAGUUCUGUUACUAAUGGUUUAGCAUUUCAAGAUGAACAAACCGUUGUCUAUAUUGCUGGUGGCAAUAUUGUCUUGUAUGGUAUUGACCAGAAAGCACAACGGGUCAUUCCAUGUUCCAUGAGCGCGCAAGCAUUAACAACAAUGACUGUUAGUCCUAAUCGACGUGUAAUAGCUGUUGCAGAACGUAUAAACGAUCGUCCACAAGUCACAAUCUAUGAUCUUCAAUCGGGCAAACGUAGAAAAACUUUACAAUCAGAAUUAAUAAAAUCGAAUGAAAUUGUCUCGUUACUAUUUUCGUCGGAUUCAAAAUAUCUCCUGACUCAAGGCGGUGCUCCAGAUUAUGCACUUAUCUAUUGGUCAUGGGAAAAAAGUAAAGUAAUGGCACACCUCGAUGUUAAACCCCCAACAGGUCCACAAGCCAAUGCAACAAUUAAUCAGGUAUCAUUUAAUCCACAAGAUAAUACACAAAUUUGUACGAUUGGUUAUGGCCUAUUUAAAAUGUUUCGUUAUGCUGAAUCAGCAUUGAAACCAUCACAAAAUCUAAAACAAGAACAUUUCAAUUUUACAUGUCAUUGUUGGAUCUCGGAUGAUCGAUUAUUAGCGGGUACAGAUCAAGGCAAAUUAUUUGUUAUACAAAAUGGAGAAAUUUUACAUGAGAUUAAAAUCGAUUCUAAAUCUGAACCAAGAUCCGUAGCCAGUCAUCAUACAACAGACGAACGCUUAGGUUUAGUUGAAAGUAGUCUGGAUAUAAAUGCAAGUUCCGAUUACAUAGGAAAAUUCGAAAUUAAAUGUAUUAUUCCAUUUUCACGUGGUGUUCUUGUUGCUGCUGGUGUUAAUAAAGUCUAUAUGUUUGAUCGAGUCGAUGACAAUCGAGAAUAUUUUCGUCGUAAUAGAGAAAUUUUAUUACCUGUUGAUCCAACUGAUAAAUCAAAUAAUGAACGAGUUGUUUCAAUGUGUUUAAGUCCAUCUGAAGAAACACUUGUUGCUUUAACAGAUCUUCAACAAAUCUACCAAUUGUCAUUUUCAGGCAUUGAUAUCACAAAAGAUGUAGCAACGUUUUCAUAUUUAACAGAAGGUUUUCAUCAUGCUCAAGUUACUGGAGUUGAUACAUGUGUUCGAAAACAACUUAUUGCUACUUGUGGUGUCGAUAAAUCAGUUCGUCUUUGGAACUAUGAAACAGGUACACUCGAAGUAUGUAAAGAAUUUCAAGAAGAAGCAUAUACUGUCUCUAUUCAUCCGUCGGGUCUAUUUAUUCUUGUUGGAUUCUCUGAUAAAUUAAAAUUAUUUACAAUUUUGAUUGAUGAUCUUCGUCCCUUUAAAGAAUUUUCUAUUCGUGGUUGUCGUGAAGCACUAUUUAGUAAUGGUGGACAUUUAUUCGCUGCUGUACAUGGAAAUGUGAUACAAAUUUAUUCAACAGUUACUUUUGACAAUGUUACAAAUUUAAAGGGGCACAAUGGAAAAGUCCGUCAAUUGAUUUGGUCGCCAGAUGAUACACGCUUGUUUUCAUGCGGUAUGGACGGUGCAGUUUACGAAUGGGAAGUUGCUACAUCAAAACGAUUACAUGAAGCUGUACUUAAAGCGUGUGGUUAUACAGGUCUCGGAUUAAGUGCCGAUUCAAAAAUAGUCUAUGCUGUUGGUACCGACCGAAAGAUUAAAGAGAUUGUAGAUGCUCAACAAAUUCUACGAGAAGUUCAAGUUAUACCAGAUGAUGUGCAACCUACAACGAUUGCACUUAGUCACACGGGUAAAUCAUUGCUAGUCGGUACAUCCAAGGGAACUAUUCGAUCAUACAAAUUUCCAUUAACAAAAUCGGACGAAUAUACAGAAUACAUCGGUCAUGUUGGAAUGAUUAAUCGGUUGCGUGUCACAUUUCAAGAUGAAUAUGCUGUCUCAGUUGGUGAUGAUGGGUUAGUCAUCUUAUGGAAAUUACAAGAAAUUGGUGUUUCAAAAAAAGAAAAAGAAACGACAUAUGCCGAAGAAAUUCUUAUUACGAAGAGCGACCUUGAAGAGAAAAAUUCAUUAAUUCGUGAAUUGAAACAGCGUGUUGCAGAAUUACGCGAGGAAAAUGAUUAUCAACUUAAAUUAAAAGAAAUGAAUUAUGCCGAACGAAUACGCGAUUUAACAGAUAAAUUUAUGCUAGAAAUGGAAAAUUUAAAAACGAAAAACACAGUCAUUACAGGCGAAAAAGAGAAAGAAUCUAGUAAACAUGCCGAACAAACUCAUGAUCUCAUCGAAAAACAAAACAAAGAAUUACAAGAUUUAGAGAGUUCCAAUAAUCAAAAGUUGAUGCUCGAAUAUGAAAAAUAUCAAGAUCUUCAAGCUAAAACUCAAAAAACACAAGAAGACUACGAACGACAAAUAACUGAAUUAGAAAAUCGUAAAGAAGAAGAAGGUACAAGACAAAGAAUGCAAUAUACGGCACAACUUGAAAAACUAAAAAAUGAUCUCAUUCUCGAACGUGAAAAAAAUAAACAACAAUCUCGUGAUCAUGAAGAAACGAAACGACAAAUUGAAGAAGAUGCUGAUGAAGAAAUUCUUAAAUUAAUGCAAACACAUGAACAAGCAUUAAUCGAAUGUAAAGAAGAAAAUGCUAAUUUACGAAAUAAAAGUACAACAUUUCAACGAAAAGUCAAAGAUCUCGAAGAAUCAAUUAAGAAGAAAGAUACUGAUUUAGCUAGUUUAAAAAAUGAAGAAUCCAAAUUACAAAAUGCUAUUCGUGGUUUGAAAAAAGAUAUUGAAGGAUUGAAAAAAGAAAUUCAAGAACGUGAUGAAACGAUUCAAGACAAAGAAAAACGUAUUUAUGAAUUGAAACGUAAAAAUCAAGAAUUAGAGAAAUUCAAAUUCGUACUUGAUUAUAAGAUCAAAGAACUUAAGAAACAAAUUGAACCACGCGAAAUUGAAAUUAAAGAAAUGAAAGAACAAAUAACUAAUAUGGAAGCUGAACUCGAACGAUUAAGCAAGAGUAAUGAUGAAGAAAAAUUAAAGAACGAAGAAUUACGUACAAAAUUAAAUGCGUCCGCUUUGGCCUUACAACAAGAAAAACAAUUGAAACGAGAUUCCGAAUUAGCAUUGAAGCGUAUUAAAACUGAUAUACAUAAUUGUUCAGCUUUAAUAACUGAACCAAAAUUACUAACACAACGUGUUGCUGAAAUCUAUGCUCAAUAUGUUCGUGACGAUGCCACCGAAGAAGCAACUAUUGAUCAAGAUAUAACGAAAGAGUAUGCUCGACAACGUGAUCAUCUUGAACGAACAGUACGAAGCCUUAAGUCCAAAGUUGAUAAAGAUUCUGAUCGACAUAAAAUGGAAAAUAUUCGUAUAAUGCAAGAAAAUGUUACAUUAAUCAAAGAAAUCAAUGAUUUAAGACGUGAAUUAAAAUCAGCUCGUGUUAAAUUACAAGAUUUACAAACAGCUAUGGGUAUCAGUCGUAAAACAGCAGCACGUACAACAGAAGAAAUUGUUCAAGCCUUGAACACACACCAAGGCAAUCAUUUAGUUAAAGAAAAACAAACAGAAUUAGAAAGUUUAAUUCACCGACAACGAAGUGAAAUUCAACGACUUAAUGAACAAAUUGCAAAUAUUGAAUCUGGAAAUGCUCGUACUGGUACAGCUGGUGGUGGCCGAUCUCGCCCAUCGUCAUCGGGACAAUUGCCGCCCAUCACAUCAGCAUUAACUGCUCAUUAA